AAAACACAUUUGUUUGUGUAGCCAUCACAAAAUCUCUCUCUCCCUACAUAAACACAAGCCUCACGCCUGAGAAAGAACAAAACACAUUUGUUUGUUUUGCCAUCACAAAAUUUAUCUCUCUCUUUCUCUCUUUCGCCAGUUAUAAUCAGAGUCAUGAUAAGAGUUACGGUGUCGCGGUCAAACACAGUUGCGUCUUACUGUCUGGUGGCACUGCUGAUCCUAACACUUGCGGGAUCGGUUAAAAACAGCAACGGAGGAGGUAGCGGAGAAUAUUAUCGAGGAAGAAACUGUGAGGUUUGGAGAGGGAAGCAAAUGAUGGAGAGGCCAUGUGAGGAGCUAUACGUAGUAGGUGAAGGAGACACGCUUCACAGCAUCAGCGAAAAAUGCGGCGACCCGUUUAUCGUGGAGCGUAACCCGCAUAUCCAUGACCCGGAUGAUGUCUUCCCUGGUCUCCUCAUCAAACUUCACAUUAACCUCCCUGAAUAAGUCAUAACAAGUUCAAGACAUGUCGUUUUAUGUACAUUAUGGUUACAUAGUUAUCUCCCUUUCUUUUUCUUUAUUUUCUUGUUUGGAUUUUGAAUGAAUUUAACUUUUAACAUUUCUUUGUUUUGGUACAAACAAAGAUCCGAUACAUUGCCAUUGGACAACUACUCUCUUGGAUUUGUUCUUGUUAGAAACUUUAUUUUGUCAUUUGUGUAAAAAGCGGAUAAAGCCAAAGAGACUAAGAACAGAGUACCGAAAUUUAAAAACA